AUGCCGAGCAAAAGUGGAAGAGUGAGAAUGCCAGCAGAUAACAGACUUCCUGUUUCAGCCUCCUUAAAAACAUCAGAAAUAUGGAAGAAUUCAGUGGGAUAUGACCCCUAUGCAUCUUAUGAAGAAAUAAAUAAAAAGAAAGAAAAGAAAGAUGAAGAAAUUGUUGAAAAGGCAAAGAAUCUAUUUAAUCUUUCUAAAUUAACAGGAAAUACAUCAACAACAAUUCCAGGCGCAUGUACUGUUUGUAAUCAUAUAGGUCAUUUACCUUAUCAAUGUAGAAAUUUUAUAAAUUUAGAAAAAUAUGAUAUCAAUAAUAAUAUGAACAAUAAUGAAGAGGAUGAUAUAAAGGAAAGAAAAAAUCUGGGACUUAUAAGUAGUGAUGAUGAUAGAAACAGUGAUAGUGAUAGUAACAGUGAUAGUGAUAGUGACAGUGACAGUGAUAGUAACAGUGAUAGUAAUAGUAAUAGUAAUAGUGAUAGUAAUAGUAAUAGUCAUAGUGACUAUUCUUAUAAGAAAAAAAAACAUUCUCAUCAUAGUUCAAAAUCUAAAAAAAAACAUUCUCAUCAUUAUUCAAAAUCUAAAAAAAAACAUUCUCAUCAUCAUUCAAAAAAUAAAAAAAAACAUUCACACCAUCAUUCUAAAAGAAAAAAAGAAAAACACAUAUCAAAUGACACACAUGAUGGUGAUGAAAAACAUCGUAAAUAUAUAAAUUCCAAGAAAAAAAAAAUUAAAAAAGAAAAAAGAGAAAAAAAUUAUCAUAGUAGAAAAAAAAAGAACAAAUAUAUUUCUUCUAGUAAUUCUUCAGAUUCAUAA